AUGCUGGUCCUGGUCCUGGUGGUGCUCAUCCCCGUGCUCGUCAGCUCCGUGGGUACGGACCCCAGCCACUAUGAGAUGCUGGGCACCUGUCGGAUGGUGUGCGACCCCUACCUGAACAAGGGAACCCCCAGUAGCAGCACCAGCUCGACGGGCUUGCAAGCGGAGGCGGAGGCGCUGAGCGACCACGGCAACGUCCUGCCACCCUCCACGCUCCUGCAGGGCCCGCAGGGGAAGCCCGGCAGGGGGCCUCCGGGAGACAGUCGGGACCAGGGAAGGACUGGGAUUUUGGGUCUGGGGGGCAAUGGAGCUAUCAGCACGGCCACCUACAGCACGGUACCUCGGGUGGCCUUCUACGCCGGCCUCAAGAACCCGCACGAGGGCUACGAGAUCCUUAAGUUUGACGACGUGGUCACCAACCUGGGCAACAACUAUGACGGCAUCGCCGGCAAGUUUGUGUGCAGCAUUCCGGGCACGUACUUCUUCAUCUAUCACGUGCUGAUGAGAGGCGGCGACGGCACCAGCAUGUGGGCCGACCUCUGCAAGAACGGACAGGUUCGCGCCAGUGCCAUCGCCCAAGACGCGGACCAGAACUACGACUAUGCCUCUAACAGCGUCAUCCUCCACCUGGACGCCGGAGACGAGGUCUACAUCAAGCUGGACGGUGGCAAAGCGCACGGCGGCAACAACAACAAGUAUAGCACCUUCUCGGGCUUUAUCCUCUACGCGGACUGAGCGCACGUCACGGAGAAAAAAAGACAGUCCAGCUCGACGAAAGGAAAGAGUUGUGGGGUGGAGAGAAUGUGUGUUCAAGGCCUUCUAGUCCAACCCCCCCAUCUCCCCCCACCCUCUUCUUUCCAUCAUCAUGAACAUCCAUCCGAGCGCUGCAACCAACGCCUGGACACACUGGCAAAAGGGCGAGAGGUGCCGGGGGGUAGGGGGGGUGUAGCUUCAGCGCCAAUGUGUCGGAAGCUCCUCGCUAACGGGCGUCUGGUUCGAUCGUUUUCCUCCAUCCCUCUUUUCCCCCCCACAUCGCACAAUGCAGACUGUCACACCUCUUCUCUCCACAGCCGACUCGACUGAAAUCCGUAGUGUUGUUGCGUGCAAUUUAAACCUUAGAUUGGUGUAUUUUUAUUUUUUUUAUUUGACGCAUAAUAAUCCACACCGAUUGACAGAAAGUGAAAAAAUAAAUAAAGAUAAUAUCCUUGUCCCUUGUGAAGAAAAACCCCAAGAGAUGUUGUUUUGGAAGUGGCGGGUGACUCUAUGUUCAUACGAUAACAUUCGACACUGUACCUCUCAACUGUAUGGAAAACUACUCUUAUAUAUAGACCGCACCCCUUUUCGUACACACGCGAGGCGACGUCCUGCUGCUGCUGCUGCUAUCGGGGUUCAUCAAAGUGUCUUCUAGUACAUCCUAGUUUUGCUUAGAUCCUCUCUGCACAAACGAAGAAAAAGCAGAUUCGUAGCUCAAGAGCAAACGCGAAGGAGAAGGCGCGUCUCGGCCGUCGCUGAUUGUUCACCAUUCAUUAGCCGCACCAGUCGCAGACAGACACGCGUGUUAAUAUUUACUCAACACGGCAGGCCGACCGCUCGCCCCAGGACGAUCGGACUGCACGUGUGUGACUGUGUGUGUGUGUGUGCGCGUGUGUGUGUGUGUGUGUGUGUGUGUGUGUGUGUGUGGUGUGCACGCACGCCCAUCAGACGUGCGUGCAUGCCAGCAUGUGGUGCGUCAUAGCUCCAUGCUCCUCUCCGCGGUCGUCUUCUGUGCUACAGCCAAUGAUAUUUUAUUUAGCAAGCCCAUGAUGAGAUUGUGCAACAGAUAUGAUGAGGAGAAAAAAAAAAAAAAAGCUUGUAAAUGAAUUAUAUGAUAUGUUUGUCUAUCUUAUCUUUUGGAAUUGUUGAAUACAUUGAAAUAAUAAAUGGGAUUUUUUUUUUGGAGCGGAUGGUCUCUGGGGAAGUUCUUGUAUACCAAAUAGGCAAAAUAAUUAUAAUCGGUGGAAGAGGCGUUCUUAAACUUUUGGGGACUCCUACAGGGGAGACUUUUUUUCGGAAUGUGAACACCAAUUAAACACAUAAAUGUCAUCGACAAAAAAAAAAAGUUUUAUUUUGAAGAAAAAAAGGCAGAAUAUGACAAAAAACAAUUCAGAUUUCUUACGAGAAACAAAGUGUCGUCUUGUCAAGAACAGAUGUCAGGAUUAAAAGUGACCUUUAAAAAGACAACAUUUCCUUGUAACAUUAUGCCUUUUCAUUUUGGAAAAAAAAUGGUACUGUAGUCUUGUUCUAAAAGAAUAGAAUUUCGUUUAUAAUUAGCAUUUUGUUGUGCAUAAAAAACUACAUUAUUCAUGCAGGCGAUCAGAUUCAUGUGAUGUGUCACAACAGAUACCUGAAACUAAAAUUACGAACAUUUCAUGAAAAUAAAAUCAAAAAAAUGGGUGCAUUAAAAAAACAUUUUACUAUCAUAAAAUUGAUUGAAAUGCCGACUGUAUAAUUAUACCAAAAAUACCCUUCGUCUUUGUCAAUUUUUUUUCCAUACAGAAGCUUUCAGCUUAAUUUUUAAAAGGUAUUUACUGUCACACAGUCGUUCGGGUAAUAUAGUUCCGUUUACUUUAUGACGACACUUUGUAACCCUUUUUCCAUUUUGCACUCAACAAAUACUCCAUAUAUGUAUAAAAGAAAAAUCAUACACCUCAUACUAAAACUAACAGGAGCUAAACUAGAAUUAAGCUUUUUGGGGGAAAAAAAGAAGCAAAAAAACGAAUAAAAGGCAACAAUCCUGCUCUGAAAACUACUUCAGAUUAACUGAAUUAAAAAACAUCAGUCAAAAAAGUCACAAU